UUAGGUACAGCUGUGGCCAUGAAGGUACAAAUGGAGAUCGGUUACAUGGGAGAUAUAGAUACUAAGAAAAUGACGUUCGAAAUUCAUGCGACGUUCAGACAGUGGUGGAUGGACGAAAGACUCACCUUCAACGCAUCUAUGGGCUCCAAGGUUGUAGGUCUGAAAAGUCUCAGGGAUCUUAUCUGGACGCCGACUCUCUUCUUCAUCAACGAGAAAGACAGCAAACUCGUCGUGAGCACAAGAGACAAUGUUUAUGUCCAGAUUGACCCGGAUGGGAAUGUCUAUUAUGCACUCAGGUUACAAUUGGUCUUAUCGUGCCCUAUGAAUUUAAAGCACUACCCAUUCGACAAACAGUCCUGCCGCAUUCGUGUUAGUAGUUGUAAGUAUGAACAUGAAUAG